AUGCCUCUUAUGGACGAUAAUGCACCAGGCAAGGGUUCGAUUGACGGCUCACGACCGCCGACUCAGAAUCCUUCAGCUGGCAACCUUGAUGUCCCUGAGCCGCCUCAAGGCCCCAGCACUCGAAGCAGCUCUCCCACGAUCCUCAGCGGCGAAUCAUUUCUCCGCGUGCACGCUCAAAACGAGAUCAUCGAGUCAAUGGAAGAACUGCUCACUCAAGCCUCAGAGCCUGCCGACGACGUGAUGCUGACGGAGGUCACUGUGAUGCUCGAUCAACCCGAAGAGCUGCAUCAGGCAUUUCAAACAGAGCACUCAUGGCUCGUCUCCCAUUGGCCGCCUGCUCACCUAGACCACGCAUACUUUGCUCGCAAGGUCAGCAGCACGGAAACCAGGCUGAUGCUAAAGACCAAGCGGCUGCUUGGUCGUCUCCAAGAGCAACUCACCGCGCCUGCUCGAACUGCCGACUCAUCCGGGACUGGCUCCCGCCCACGCCCGCGUCUGCCCGAAUUGACGGUACCUACGUUCAGCUGGGAUUUUCGGAAAUGGCCGGAAUUUAAGGUCAUGUUCCUCUCGGUUAUAGGGAAUCGCUCGGACCUUACUGACCUGGAGGAGUUUCAGUACUUGAAGGGUGCUAUACAGGGUGACGCUUCGGAGCUUAUUGCCAACUUCUCACCUCACCCUGCAUCGAACAAUGCAGCGUGGCUACUCCUCGACGCCCGAUUUAAGAACAAAAGGCUCAUCAUUAAAACUCAUCUCGAUCGGCUACUCAAUCUCAAACCGAUGCCAAGGCGUCAGGCCAGCUUGCUUACCAAGAUGGUAAGCAUCAUCAAUGAGACCACCCAAUCGCUCAGAACACUCACGUCAGGAAGUAACAACGACUGUCUGAUGGUGGCUCUCAUUAGUGGACUGCUCGACCGAGACACCUCUCUUACAUCCACUGACGAGUUUCCGACGCUCAGCCAACUCACAGCGUUUCUAAUGGCUCGUGCGCGUACCUUCGAAACCAUAGAUGAAACGCCGAUGCCUGUUCAAUCCAGCGCUGCGAAGGGAGCCAAACCCAAGCGUGCUAGCUCACACCAGGCGUCUCAGCAGCCUCAAGACCGCUCAUCACCAGCACCCAUGGAGACAACUCAGCAGACAACUCAGCGUCGAUCACCAUAUCCGUGUGACUGUUGCGGUCAGGAUCAUUUCAUCGUGAUGUGCCCGAAGCUGCGAGACUACUCACUGACGCAACGUGUGAAAUUGGUCAAGGAGCGUAGGUUGUGCUGCAAUUGCCUAGGUAGGCACAAUGCACGCAAGUGCAACAGCUCUCGGCAAUGCAAAACAUGCAACGACACUCAUCACACCAUGUUACAUGGCGCAGACCUCUCAAGCGUGUUCAACACGCCAACCGAGCGCACCCAGUCAUCUCAAGAUGCGCAAAGGGAUCCAACUUCAGACAUCAAAUCAUUGACGCCAUCACCACAGCCUUCUCAACGACCUCAUCACAUCAGGUUCGAGUCCGCAUCGAUCCUGGCUCAGAAGUUUCGUUUAUCUCGGAAAAGCUCACCAGACAGCUCAGCCUUUAGCGAAGGCACUCAACAUUGGACAUCUAUGGUGUUGGCGGAAAACGGGCUUCACAAACCAAGGACAGUCACGACCAUCCUGCCAACCAGCGCGAUAUCUCAAGAGCUCGAAUGGCCUCAUCUCAAGAGGUUAAACCUGGCUGACCCAGAGUUCCUCACUCCGAGGGCCAUAGACGUGAUCAUAGGAGCAGAUUUCUACGGGCAGCUCAUCAAACCUAACAUCAUCAGGCACUCACCUGAAACUCCUAUCGCUCAAUUGUCUAUCUUUGGCUGGCUAGUCAUCAGCCCGGUUCAUGCACCGGUCACAAUUGUCAGAACAGCACACCAUGGCGUCUCACAGGCAUCAAACUCAUCAUUGCAAGAGUUGCUGACAAGGUUCUGGGUUCAAGAAGAACCCCCGAGCUCAUCUGACUUACGACUCACCCCAGAAGAACAGGAGUGUGAACGCCACUUCAGCACGACCCAUUCAAGGGACUCAACAGGCCGUUACAUCGUCAGAAUACCGCUCAAGAUGUCUCCAGCAGCCUUAGGAGACUCACAACACACGGCACAUCAGUGCUUGUUACGAAUUCUCAAACGUCUUGGCAGAGAUGCUCAAUACUGCGAACUGUACACUCAGUUCAUGCAGGAGUAUGAAAGGGCUAAGCAUAUGAUCAAGCUCGACGACAGCUCAGCAAGCAGAAGACCUCACUAUUAUCUGCCACAUCAUGGGGUGCUCAAGCCAGACAGCUCGACCACAAAACUCCGAGUGGUUUUCAACGGCUCAAGCGCCAGCUCCACCGGCUACUCUGUCAAUGAUCUCAUGCACGCUGGUCCGAAUCUGAUGCUCAAUAUCUUCGAUUUGCUCAUCUGGAUCCGCCGACGCAAGUUCUUGUUGGCCACAGACAUCACAAAAAUGUAUCGGCAAAUCAAGAUACACCUGGAUGAUUGGGAUCUUCAGCGGAUACUGACACUGCUUCAGCUUGCUGAGGACGAAGGCUCAAGGUACCUCCUCGCGGUGGAACCGAUUACUCACGGUCGAUACGUUGACGACAUCUUCGGAGGGUCAGAUACGGUGGACGAGCUCACUCAAACAGCUCGACAACUCAUACAACUCUGCCACGCGGGCGGAUUUCCGCUAGCCAAAUGGCACUCUACGUCAAGGCAGCUGCUGGAAGAAGUUUCAUCAGAACUCGGUCACACAUCAGACAUCGCAUUCGACGACUGUAACGCCAGAAUCCUGGGCAUAAGAUGGUCACCACAGCAAGACACGUUCAAUUUCUCAACCAUCUCAUCAACUCACUCUGCUAGAUUCUCAAAACGCCUCAUCUUAUCAGAAGUAGCACAACUCUUUCAUCCAUUAGGCUUCACCGCACCAGUUGUAAUCAGAGCCAAAAUGUUUUUUCAGGCACUAUGGUUACACAAGCUCAACUGGGACGACCUGCUCCCAGAACAACUCAUAACUCAAUGGCUCAGCAUCAGACAAGAUCUGGCACCAGAAAAUUGCCUCGCUGCUCUCACAGGACAAGACUCAGUGGCUUUUUAA